AAAGAAAAUUGUGAGAGGCUAAUCAUCAUAUCGAAGAAUUUAGUGACCUAAUAAUGUUCGCAUAGACAUAACAAAGAGCAGAUAAUACGGCAUCCAAUUUUCGCAUUUCUGUCCGUGGUAUGUUUUCUUCUAUGAAAGUGCUAUUAAACAGCUAUUAUUGAACAGCUGCCGAUUCACAAUCUCUAUGGGUGUCAGCAUGGCGUCGUUCUAGGAACAAUGAAUCUUCAAUGUUCAGUAUAUGGAGUACGGCUAAGCUCUGAAUGCUGGAGAAUGGAUGGCACUGUGACUUUCUUCGUCUCUUCCACAGGUCUUUCAUCUUACAACAGUCAAAAUCCAAAAGACGAACCCAAUCAACGAAUAAUUUCGACAUUGACCUCUGUACUCAGCAGCGUCCCAUUCACCCUACAAUUGGAUUUAUCCAUAACCUCAACUGAGAUUAUAGCUCCUCAAACACCAAAGAGCUUAUCAAAGCAUUUGUUAAUGUGUUAUCGAAACAUGGUUUCUCCACACCGAAUCACCCCAAUCCUUCCUGAGGGUAUCAUCAUGAAUGAUCCUACCAACCUCGGCAAGUUCGACAGCCCUGUUGCUGAUGCGCAAACCAUAAUGACAUGCUGCAAAUGUAGCCAGACUACCCCUCUCGAUACAAGCGCUCCGGGAAGUACCUCCUGCUGUGCCUGUAGUCAUUAUGAAUGCAAUGAUUGUGAUUAUUCCUAAACAUUCACGAAAAAUCGACGAUUCUCCUGACAACGGGCCUCAACCGGUUGGAAUUGAGAAAGAUUGAGAAAGACAUAAUAUAAUUCAGCUAUGGUGGACUUGCGGAAAUAUGCGUAUCAGAAGUCCUUCUGGAUGGUAUAGAGGGAAUGUCGCGUGG